AUGGAUCGCUUCGUCUCCAGGAAGAGGCCCCGGAGCCCUUCAGCUCCAAUCCCCGACGAGGAUUCCACCGACCUGAAGUUAGCCCUUCUGAUCUCACUCUUCCCCGACAUGGCCCUGGACGCGUUGAUGGAAAUCCUGAUUUCCAGCAGUGGCUGUGUACAAACAGCCUCCUCCAUCAUCCAGGCCCAGGCACGCCCGACCAAGAAACGAACGCCACUCCCAGGGACACCAGCAAUCCAAACCUCCCUAACCACCCACAUCCCAUCCACCACCACCCCCACCCUCCCACCCAAAGGAACCACCCUCCACCUCUACUCUCCCACCGACAUAGCAACCCACACUCCCUGCACCCUCAUCCACAACUUCCUCCCCUCUUCGCAAGCAACCGCCCUCCUCACCGAACUCCUCGCCGAAUCCCCGCACUUCUCCCGUCCCCAAUUCCAACUCUUCUCCCGCACCGUCUCCAGCCCCCACUCCUCCAGCAUCUACGUCUCCACCCCCGAAGAACACCACCAACACACCUCCGAAUACACCUACGGCGGUACCUACCGCUCCAACGUCCGUCAACUCACUCCCCACAUGCGCGCCGUCUCCGCUCGCGUCCAAACCACCGUCAACCACCACAUCAGUCUCCGUCCAAAACUCCCCUUCCAAUCUCCGAAACCAUGGACCCCCAACGCCGCCUUCGUGAACUGCUACGCCGGCCCCGCCGAAAGCGUAGGCUAUCACUCUGAUGAACUUACUUAUCUCGGGCCCCGUCCUGUCAUUGGAAGCUUGAGUUUGGGCGUGGAGCGCGAAUUCCGACUCCGCAAGAUCCUCCCUAACGAUAAUACCAACGAGGAGGAGGGACAAGGACAGGGACAAAUAUCCAUCCACCUCCCCCACAACUCCCUCCUCAUCAUGCAUGCCGAAAUGCAAGAGGAAUGGAAACAUGCCAUCGUCCCAGCGAAAAGUAUCACGAUGCAUCCGGUGGCCGGGAAUAAACGGAUCAAUAUUACGUAUCGGUGGUAUCGGGAGUCGUUGCAUCCGAAGUAUACCCCGCGGUGUCGGUGCGGGGAACCUACGAUUUUAAGGUGUGUGCAGAGGAAGCAGGAGACGAGGGGACGGUAUAUGUGGAUGUGUUAUGCGGGGUUUGCGCCGGGGAAGACGGGGUGUGAGUUUUUUCAGUGGGCUGAGUUUGAUGAGGAUGGGGAGCCGGUGUGGGUUGAUCGGGAGGUGGAGGAUGAGGAGGGUCCGAGGUUGAGGAAUUUCGUAGAGGAUGAAUUCGGAGACAAGGAUGAUGUUGGGAUGUAA